UCUGUCAGCAGAGCAGAGCUGAUAAUGGCUGCAGUUGAGGUGGCACUUUUAGGUCUUCAGACUGCUAGAAAACUCUGACACUUAUGACUGAAACUUUCCGCAGACAGCAGCGACUCCAGCAGAAACCGAAAUAUAAAAUCAGUCGUUGUGUUGUUCUACUAUAAUGCCUCGUCGCUCGCUUGUCCUCCCAGGUGCCUCCAGGCGACCGAGCAGCUGUUGUUAGCCGGGUUUGGUGCUUGCUAGGCGAGCGUCUGUCGGGACCGAAGCCGCCGCGUUUUUCACACCCAAACAAGUGGAUUUUUAACGCCGGCGUAAAUGUCAAGCAGAGCUCCCAGCUCAGCUUACAUGUCCGAACCGUCCUCGGCGUAUUUCAGCUCAAACCGUGGCUAGCUGUCCGGCGUCCCUCGGACUGGUUCUGCUUUUGUUUGGUUCUCUCCGAGGAUGUCUUCCUGGCUGGGCGGACUGGGAUCCGGCCUCGGCCAGUCCCUGGGACAGGUCGGGGGCAGCCUGUCAUCGUUCACCGGGCAGAUAUCAAACUUCACCAAAGACAUGCUGCUGGAAGGAGUGGAAGAAGUCGGAGAUGCUGCCACAGAAUUACACGUGUCCAAUUCCAAGUUGGCUGAGGUGGAGGCUGCGUUUUCCACUCAAAAAUCAGAGUAUGAAAGGCUGAAAAAACUUCACGCAGAGCUGGAGGAGAAGCUGGAGGCCUCAGAGAUCCAGAUUAAACAACAGUCUGCAGAAUACAGAACCCUCCUGCAGCAGAAAGAUGUGGAGAUCAGCCACCUAAAAGCUCGACAAAGCGGCCUUCAGGAAGAAGUCCAGAAGCUGCAGCGGUCGGCGCAGUCGGCCGCCUCCUCUCCAGCGGUGCUGCCGGUGACCACCGCCUCCCUGACCGCCACCUCUUCCUCUCCUUCCACCUUCCUGACGCGCCCCGGAGGGCCUCAUCACGCCUUCCAUAGCGACGAAAUGGACAUCAGCGACGUCCUUUGGUCGCAGCAGGAAAUCAACAGGCUGUCCACAGAAGUGAUGCGUCUAGAGGCAGACGUGGCGCAUUGGAGGAGAAUGUCGCAGGCAUCAACAACCUCAGGAACUGGUAAUGGUGACCAGGGGGAGAUUCUGAAACUCCAAAGAACUAUUAAGGAGUUACGGGAUGAAAUGAGUCGAGAGGUGGAUGAACAUCAGCAUGAGCUGGCGGCUCUGCAGGACGCCCAGCGGCAAAAGCUGGCGGAGGUUACGCGCCGCCACCGAGAGGAGCUCGCAGAGUACGAGGAGAGGAUAGAGGAACUGGAGGAGCAGAUUCGCAGCGGGGACGGUCAGGUCAGCUCUCCUUCAGAUUCCUCCAAACUGCCCGAGCUCCAGAGAAACGUCCAGACUCUGCAGGAAGCAGCGGAGCGGCGCGAGAAGCAGCUGGCCGAGCUGUCUGCCAGUCUGGAGGACGCGCAGAGGAACCAGGCCUCCCUGCAGCUGGAGAGGGACGACGCUCUGGAGGAGAACGCAGGACUGCUGCAGAACUACUCGCGCCUGCAGGCCUCUGUGGCUGAACUCCAGACACGAGUCCAGGAGCAGGAGGGGAAGGCUCUGCAAAAAACUCAGUUUGAGCAGGAGAUUCAGACGCUCAGAAAUAACUUAGCAGCUGCAGAAAAAGAAAUAGAGCGACUCCAGCACCUUUCAGAGGCAAAGCCGAGAGAAGAGGUUGAGCAUGCAGACAUCUUAGAACUGAACACCAUUAUAGGAAUGUUGAGGCAAGAAAAGGAAGUCCUAGAACAAGAAAAGCUUGAGCUGCAACACAGACUGACGGUAGCAGAGGAGCAAGUGGUUUACAAAAAUGAAUCCCCGAUGGAGUCUGGUGAGGUGGAGUCCCUGGAGGAUCUGAAGGCGGAGCUCGAGAGGAGAGAGAAAGUCCUGAGAGCCACCGAGGAGGAGCGGGACACCCUCAUGUCAGAGCUGGAGGAGUUGGACCGACAGAACCAAGAAGCAACACAGCAUUUGAUCGCUGCAAAGGAGCAGCUCUCUGGCCAGUUGAAGGAAGCUGAGGCAGAGCUGAUCAGAACGACCGCAGAGCUCAACGCCUCCAAGGACCAGAAAGGAGCGCUGGAACGAGAGCUGGAGACCCAAAAAGAGAAAACCAGCCAAAGCGCGUUCACCCUCAACGACCUCCACAUGGCCAAACAGCAGCUGGAACAGAGGGUGAAGGAACUGAAAGACGCUUUGGGACGCGCGAACGAGCAGAGUCGGGAAGCGAGGCGAGAAGCGGCUGAGCUGAAGAAGACCCUGCAGGAGCGAGAGGAGCAGCUAGCCGCUGCUAAAGCGGAGGCGGCUCAUGGAGGACAGAGACGGACGGAGGAGGAGCUGGCGGGGAAGGAGAGGGCGCUGUCGGACCUCAGGAGAGAAAUGGAUGAAAUGAGGAGCUCCUACGAAAAGGGGAUGUCUGAAGAGUAUGAGAUGAAGAUGGCGAACCGGAGGUUGAAGGACGAGCAUGAGAACGCUUUGCAGAAGUUAGAGGAGAUAAGCAAGCAGCUGAAAGAAAACCAGGCCGCUCUAAACAGGACAACGAGGGAGAAGGACACUCGUAUUGAAGCACUCAAGCUGGAGAAGAACCAACUCGAACUGGAGCUGUCGCAGGCUGAGAGAGCGCUGUCGGGGCAGGUGAAACAGUACCAGCAGACCAUCGAGGAGCUGACCCGAGCCAGAUCCAUGGACGCCUCGGCUUUGCAAACCGAGCACGAGUCAGCCAUCAAGUUAAACCAGGAGAAAGACCUGGAGAUCGCCAAGCUGAGGCGAGACCUGGAGCAGCUGGCGUCGGACCACAGAGACACCAACGAGAUGCUCUCGAUCACCGUCGCGGGGCAGAAGCAGCUGACGGACUUGUUGCAAGAGAAGGACGUCUUUGUGGAAACCUUGAAACAGAACGCGGCGGAUCUACAGGGAGAGAUGGAGAACAGGGUGGCAGCCAUGACCAAAGAGGUUGACGUCCUCAAACAAGCGGUGGACGAAAAGGAUAAGCAGCUGGGAGGGAUGAAGGAGGAGAACAGCCAUCUGAAAGAGGAGAUCGAUCGGCUGAGGGAUCAGCAGAGCAGACCGCAACCACUGGCCGAACCCAAGACUCUGGACAUCAUCACCGAGCUGGAGACAGAGAUCGCCCAGCUGAAGUCGUCCAGGAACGCACUGGAAGACGAAGUCCGGUCGCUGAAGAGAACCUCGGAGGAGCAGCAGGCGUCUCUGCAGGCUCAGCAGAGCGAGCUGGAACAGACCGCCGUUCGCCACCAGCAGACGGCGCUCGACUAUGACAGACUCAUACAAGCCAAAGACGAAGAGAUAACCCGCCUCCAGCAGAGCGUGGAGCAGGGCCGCCUCCCGGCGUUCCAGGGAGACGUCAUCCUCCACGAGGACAAGACACGGUCUCUCAAUCAGGACAACGGCAACGAGAAGCACGACCUGUCCAAGGCCGAGAUAGAGAAACUGGUCCGCGGCAUCGAGGAGAAAGAGACAGAGAUCGUCCAGCUGAACGAGAAAAACCUCUCGCUCACCAGGCAGCUGGAACAGCUGGCGUUUUCUCGCGACGAAGUGGGCAAACUCUCCCAAAUGAUCCGGCAGAAAGAUCUGGAGAUCCAAGCGCUCCACGCCCGGCUCUCGUCGGGUCAGGACGUCCUCUAUCUCCAGCAGCAGCUGCAGGCGUUUGCCGUGGAGCGCGAGCAGAUGCUGGCCGUGCUCAACGAGAAGACGAGGGAGAACGGGCAGCUGCGGUCCGACUACCACCGCCUGGUGGACGUUGUGGCCGCGAAGGAAGCCGCCCUGGUGAGGCUGCAGCAGGAGAACCAGCGGCUCUCCAACACGAGCGACCCCUCGGGGAGCCAGGAGAUGUUCAAGGAGACCAUCCAGAACCUUUCCCGCAUCAUCAGGGAGAAGGACAUCGAGAUUGACGCUUUGACUCAGAAGUGCCAAACCUUGGUGACCGUCUUGCAGUCGACGGGAAGCGAGGCCGGCGCUGCGUCCGGCGGCGUCAGCAGCAACCAGUUCGAGGAGCUUCUGCAGGAGAGGGACACACUGAAGCAGCAGGUGAAGAAGAUGGAGGAGUGGAAGCAGCAGGUGAUCACCACGGUCAAGAACAUGCAGCACGAGUCGGCGCAGCUGCACGAAGAGCUGAUCGAGCUGCAGGGCCAGGUGUCCGCCGACAGCGACUGCAGCUCCAAGCUGUCGGUUGACUACGCCCGGUUGAUCCAAAGCUACGAGCAGAAGGAGAAAAGGCUGGGAGGUUUGAGUCUGGAGCUGGCGCAGGUCCAGCAGACCAUCAGUCAGCUCAGCAACACCAAGGAUGUGCUGCUGGGGAAACUGGAUAGCGUCGCGCAGACUCCCGAGGUCGCAGCGACCGCGCAAUCGAGAGGUCUCAGUCUAACAGCCGAGCCCCAAACCCAACAGACCACCGAAGUUCUGCAAGCGCAGCUGGCUGAGAAAGAAAACCUGAUCAGGACCCUUCAGGAGAACAACCACCGGCUGUCCGACGCGGCGUCCGCCUCGGAGAGCGAGCAGAGGAGUCAGGCUGAGGAGGCCCGCCAGGUCCGGGACCGACUGGAGUCCCUGCAGAGGUCAGUGAGGGAGAAAGACCUGCUCAUAAAAACCAAAGGAGACCAGCUGAGCCAAGUGAGCGAGUCGCUGCGCAACCGCGAGAACGACAACGAGGUAUUGAAGCAGGCUGUGACCAACCUGAAGGAGCGGGCGCUCAUCUUGGAAUUGGACGCUCGGAAGCUGAAGGAGGAGAACGAGCAGGUGGCGGCGCGCUCUCGGGAGAAGGAGUCGGAGUUCAGGGCUCUGCAGGAAACAAACAUGCAGGUUUCGCUUCUGCUCAGAGAGAAGGAGUUUGAGCUGAGCGCAAUAAGCGAGAAGGCCGCCACUGUGGAGCGGAUGCUCAAAGACAAAGAGCUGGGUAAAUCCGGUGAACUGAAUCAGCUUCUGAACGAACUGAAGUCCAUGCAGGAGAAAGCGGUGAUGUUCCAGCAGGAGAGGGAUCAGAUGAUGAUGGCGCUGAAGCAGAAGCAAAUGGAGACCACGGCUCUGCAGUCUGAGCUGCAGCACACGAGGGAUAAAGAGCAGCGGCUCAACCUGGAGCUGGAGAGGCUGCGCAACCACCUGCUGGAGAUCGAGGACUCCUACACCCGGGAAGCCCUCGCUGCGGAGGACCGGGAGACGGAGCUGCGCAGGCGGGUGGCGCUGCUGGACGACAAACUGGCCACGUCGUCAAAUGCCGUGGAAAACGCCAGCCAGCAGGCCAGCAUGCAGGUGGAGUCUCUCCAGGAACAGCUGAGCAAUGUGGUGAAGCAGCGGGACGAAGCACUUUUACAACUCAGAACCUCUCAGGAACAAGUCAGGCAGUAUGCAGUGUCGCUCUCAAACCUGCAGAUGGUGCUAGAGCAAUUCCAGCAAGAGGAGAAAGCCAUGUACUCGGCAGAGCUGGAGAAGCACAAAAAAGAGAAAGACGAGUGGAAGAGAAAAGCUCUCCUGCUUGAAGACCAAGCAUCUGCUCUGCAGCUGAACUUGGACGAAGCCAACGCUGCUCUAGAUUCGGCGUCUCGCCUCACAGAUCAGAUCGAUCAGAAAGAGGAGCAAAUCGAAGAGCUAAAGAAGCAAGUGGAUGUGAGGCAAGAGAUGCUGGAGGAGGCACAAAAGAAACUCAUGAACCUUCUCAACAGCACAGAGGGGAAGAUAGACAAGGUUCUGAUGCGCAACCUGUUUUUGGGCUACUUCCACACGCCUAAAACGAAGCGGGCCGAUGUGCUGAGGCUCAUGGGAAGUGUGUUGGGACUGAGCAGAGAACAAGUUGAUCAGAUGUUGGAGGACGAUGCCCGCCACGGUGUUGGUGGGUGGGUGUCGAGCUGGCUCGGAGGCAGAGGAGCUCAGAGUGUGCCGACUACGCCACAGAGGCCCACCAGUGGGCAGGGGCUGAACUCGUCUUUCUCCGAGAUGUUUGUGAAGUUCUUGGAGAUGGAGUCGACCCCGUCGCUCCCGGCGCCGAGGCUCCCGGUCCACGACAUCAAGCCACUGAGCGCACCGCCGUCCGGCAGAACCGGUGGCUCUUCUUCAGGCUCCGCGGGUAAAUUGGCGCGCUUGCGAAACAAAACAAAACGCAGUUCAAUCAAAUGCUCCCAAAGUGAACCUGUUUCCAUCACAGGAGCUGCGGCCGGCAUCCGGAGACCCGGCGAAUCCAAUCCGUUCCUGGCUCCUCGUUCUGCUGCGGUGCCGCUGGUGGCCGGUUCUGGCACCGCCGGCUCGGGAGGUCACCUGCUGAUGAAGCCCAUCACUGACGCUCUGCCCACCUUCACCCCUGUGCCUGUCUCAGCUGAGGCCAGCGCUGGAGCCGUGCUCAAAGACUUGCUAAAGCAGUGACCGGGGCGACCCUCCCCCUCCUUGCCCCCCCGCUGCAAAUGCCACACAGAUGUCUUAAUUUAUCCAGUAUGAGUUCAGCACUAAAAACAACGUAACGUUAUUGGUGCGCCUCUGCUCCCUCUUGCUGCUGUUUUCAUACGUCGAGCAGCAAUAAACGAUCAGAUAAAACGCCGAAGCUUAAGAUAAAAUCUGGGAAAACUUGGAAACUACAGUAGGAUUUUUCUUUUCUCUCUCUCUCUCUAUGCAAAAGACAAUUUAUUAUUUUCAGGUUCAGACCCACAAAUUUGCAUCUCACGCCAAAAGGAAUGAAUGAAAUUGCAAAGCAGAGUAAAUCCCAGCAGGUCUGAGCAAAAGUGACCUUAGAAACUCAGUGUUGGAGUGCAAAUCGUGGGCUGAGGCUCUGCUUGCAAGAGGAGACAUGCCCGUCGGGUUUCAUCUCCUCCAUUUGCAUUUAACUGCUUGUAUUUUCUUGUCCUGUUAGUAUUACUUCAACAAUUCAGCAAGUUUUCCUCUGAUCCUGGGCGAAAACUAAAAGUUCUGGCAGCAGCACACUACAUGGAGAUUUAUGCGAGUCAGUACAUCUGCUGAAACCAUAAGGAUCUUUUUUCUUUUUUUUUUUUUUUUUUUCCUCGUUGAAAGAUUUAGCGUUUUCCAGACGGCCAGACUGUGAUAUGCAAUAGGCAUAAUUAUGGCUGCUGACUGUGGUUUAUCAGAGGGUUGAGACUGCUCUUUAUGUUCACAUACAGCACUAUUAUACAGUUACAUAUAUGUAAAUGGGUAAUGUAGGUUUCUUCAUUCUAUUCUAUUUUAUUUAGUUGUAGGCACAAAGGAUGCUUUGGAAGUCAAGUGCCUGCAUUUUUUGGAAAUUUGAUAGUCGUAUAAUCAAAAGUGUAAAUGCUUAAUAUAAAUAUAUAUUUACAAAAUGUAAAACAAAAAGAAAGAAAGAGAAGGAAAAUUCUGCACAUUUUUAAAAGUUUUGUGUAAUCGGAUCAGCGUGCGACUGUGCCGCUCCACAUUUUUGUACAGGCAUCAAUCAGCCACUGCAGAAGGAAUGUUACAGGAUGAGUCCAGGUGUGUUGAUGAAAUGUAAAAACAGUAAAUCCUGAAGAGAAUUUUUUUUUUUUUUUUUUUUUUUUUUUUUUUUUUUUUAGGUGUAAAAGAAAUCUGAAGCGGAGAGAAAAAGAUUCAGAUUAUCUUGGAGAGUCUUCGGCUAAGAUCGGUACCUGUGACUUAAUUAGGACUUGGCGUUAAAUAAAGGAGCCACUGGUGA